CUCUCUCCCUCCCUCCUUCUCUCCCUGCACGUGUGUGUGCUCCCAGGCUAUAAAAGCCACACUGUCACAAGGGCGCUAUCCUGCAGAGGAGCUUAAGUCAGAGAAGGAGACAGACAAAACAGAAGACUGCACUUGCCUUCCCCUGGCUGCUUCCUCUAUCUAGCUGUAAUCAUGUCCAGAAACCUGCUGAAGAACCCCUGUGGGGAAGAGCAGCUGGAAUUCUGGGACUUGACGGAGAACGGAGGGAGUCAGUGGAAGGUGGAGGAAAUGCCGGGAGACUGUGGCUACGACUUCUGCAGCGAUGGCGUGACCACAUACUUUGCUACCUCCUUUGAGCUGUGUCUCAAGAGACAGCUGAUCGACCUGUUAGCGGAGGGUUACUCUUCCGAGCAGUUGGACACUCAGCCUCCCGUCACAGUGGAAGACUGGUACUGCGGGAGGACGGAUUGCGGUUGCACCUAUCAAAUGACCGUGUGCCUGCUGGAUGAGAAUCAAGAGCUCAUACAGGAGUUCAAACCUGAUCCGGUGACCCUCGACCCCGACUGUGAUGACUGCUCGUGGAAACAGGUGAGCCACACAUUUUCUGACUACGGCCCCGGAAUGCGCUUCAUCUUGUUUGAACACGGAGGACAAGACACCAGGUUUUGGGACGGUUGGUUUGGAGUCCGGGUCACUGGGAGCUCUGUUACUGUCGUGGUCUGAACGAGACGCAAAAGAGUGAAAGGAGAAGAGGAAGGUUAGGAAUACUGAAAGAAGGAAGGUGGAGUAAUAGAGGGGCUCCAGAGUGACAGUGGAGUGGAGUGUAGGUUUCGAAGGUUUCAAGAGGACCAGCUUUGCCUUAUACAUUUAGCUUGCACCUCUGUAUAUCACGCACACUGCUGUUGAUGCUGCGGAAACAUGCUGCUGCUAUAAAGACUGUAGUUACAAAUCUGUUAAAACACUAUCAUGGCGGCACGUCGGCUUUACUAACCUCAAAAUAGCAAAAUGACUGCUCGUAACAGUCCUUAAUCAUCAUCUAUUAACUACUACCUCUGCACAGUGGCUGACCCUGGCGUUCAACUGAAUGACGUGUUCAGUUUGUGGGGGUGUUGGAAGCAGUGGUUUGUCGUUCAAAUUGAAAUUAAAAUGAUGAAACAAAUCAAUGCCUGAACUUUUAUGUAAACAUCAACUGAACGUGAUAAUCCUUCAUCCCAAUAUAGCUCUACUGUUACUGUAUAUGCAGGACUCAGUGGUUGUGGUUGGGCUUCAUCUACAAGAGUGACUGUUACUACCAACCAGACAUAUGCUCACAAUGGCUGUCUUGGGUGCAGUAGUAGAAAGAGACUAAGUACAUUUACUCUAGUACUGUACUGUUAAAUACUGGACUUAAGUACAAUUUGGAGGUACUUGCAGUUUACCUGAGUAUUGCAUUGUACACUUCUACUCUACUACAUUUCAGGGGGAAAUCUUGUACCCCACUACAUUUAUCUGACAGCUGUAGUAACUCAUUUGUUUCCAGAUUAAAUAAAUAAUAAAAUAAUUACAUUUUACAUUAAGAAAGCAUGAUAAGCUUAUAAAAUGCAUUGUUUAAAAGUAAAACAGUACUGGGUGUGAACUACAGGGGAGCCAGGGGGAGCUGGGAUCCUCUUAAUAAGACAUGAGCUCCCUGAAAACAUGGACUGCGACUAUUAUUGUAAGAUUUGUGCAUUAGGGUGAUUCAUCACUAAUUCACUUUAAUAAUGACACUGUAACUACAGCUGUCAGAUAAAUGCAGCAGAAUAAAAAGUGCAAUAUUCCUCUCCGAAAUAUGGAGUAAAAGUAUAAAUUAGUAUAAAUGGAGUACAGUACAGCACUUGAGUAAACUGCCUCUAAACUACUCAGAUAAUUUGAUAUACAGUAAAUAAGUAAUACAUAUGUCAAAUUAAACAAUAUUUAUCAAAAAAGAGGAUAGAAAACGUUAUCAGUGGCUGUGGAAGAGGCUUAAGACAAUUCCGGCCAAUAACAUUUGCUAUAUUUAAACCAAUAAACACAGGGCUGUCUGGUAUUGUCUCACAGACUGAUGCAGAGUUUCAAAUAUGAAUACAGCAGCUAAAAUAAAUACACUUCUCUAAUGGUUGUACUUAAAUUACUAAAGUAAGAUACAAAGCAUGCUGCAAGUACAAAACAGAGCUGUAUUUUUCUUAUUUCCUGCCCCAUUAAUCAUCCCACAAGCCCUCAGACUUAUCUUGUGAUCAUUUGGACCCCUCAGCUGGAAAGCACCGGACUUAACUAUGAACUGUAGCUAAAGCAGAUAAACUACUCAGAAGUACUCUGACCUUGGACCAUAGAGAAGAAAUAUUCUGCUGAGUGAUAGUCAUGCAUUCAAAAUUAAAUAAACAGUUAUUUUAUUCUACAUUGGGCUCCACAAUGAGGAAUAAAAUAACACUAGUACAAAUGCAGGCGCACUCUUAAUGAGGCCCCCCAACACACCUCCCUCAUGUAUCAACACUCAAUUUAGCUUUAUUUCAAAAUAAGAGCGCACUGUUAGUCAAGAUAAUUACACUCAGGACUAACAAAUCAAUCCUCAAACCUGAAAAACCACAUGGAUAACAUGCACACACUAUCAAAUAAAAACACACAUU